AUGAUCCGGUGGGCAAAAUCAAUCGUGGGGGUGAAGCCGAAGGGGUGGAGAGUUUCCCGAAAGUGGGUUCCACUCCCCACUGAGCAGAGGAGGUUGUUCGGGUCAAGCACCCCACCAGAUGAGGUCACAAGAAAAAUCAUCAUCGAAAGUAAUUACGGACACAUAAAACAGAUGAAGAGCCAAGAAUUAAGAGUGCUGUCAGAAAAUUGUAGUAAUAAGAAAAUACGAGAUGUAGUUUUAUGGAGUGAGAUAUCCAGAAAUGCCAUAAACAGAUGUGAUGAGUUUAAGUACUUCGACGCGCUGCUACUGUUGAGCUCGUUUGAGAAAAUGAAUCUGGCAGAUGAUAAUUUAUACAAGACAUUUUCUCAUGUCUUUGUAAAGCAAAUAAAUCAUAUGGAGCCCCGUGAUUUGAUCCUCCUAAUAAAUUUGUACUGUAGAGCAAACUUAUUUCCGCGGGUAUUAUUUGUUCAAGUUUUCCAUGCCAUUGUUAGAUAUUGUUCUAAAUUUUAUCCAGAGGAAUAUGUGGAUUUGCUCAUCUGUUUUGCAAGCUUAAAUAUCUCCAACGUGGACCUUAUACGAACUCUAUGUAAAUCCAUGGUGAAGAAUGUGAAUCUCUUUGAUUACAGUAACCUGUGUUGCAUUGUUGGUUGUUUGCGACGUUUGGAUGUUAAUGACGAUGUAAUUUAUUACGUAUUUGAUGAAAAACAACAGAAGGAGUUAAAAUUGCUAACCACACAGGAGCUGUUUGAUCUAAUGAAAAAGGUGAAGCUACUUAAGUACAGUUGGGAGUUAUACGAAAAAGAUUUACUUGAAGAAUUUUUGAAUCGCAUUGAUAAUUUCCAGGGGGUGAAGGACGUCAACCAAUUGGAAGAUCCCUUCGUUUGUUUAAAUUUCCUCGUGUCCAAACAGUGCGUAAGAAACAACUUCCUCUUUGCCCUUAGCAAAUGGUGUGCGUCACAUGUGUAUGAAUACCCUUCCAGGUCCGCCAAGCGGCCACUCGCUUACCAACUCAUUAUGCUAUAUCAACUCAUGAAAGAACACGAUGUUAAAAAUUAUAACUUUAUUGAAAAGGCUAUCCGUAGGUUUGUUAUAAGUCGGGGGGGGUUGGCUGUCAACAGGGACAAAAUGAUCAAGCCAGUUUCCUACCAGAAGGGCCGCAAGUAUAUCUUUGCUGAGGAUCCCCUUGAGGAGGCUCGCACAGCCGAAGUGGACGCAUCAAGCGACCAUACCCUAGAUCAGCCCACUGGUCACGAUUCCUACGUUCAGGAGGGCAUAUCACACAGGAUGAGUCAAAGCGAUGGGUAUACCUCUCCACAUAGUUACGCGGACACGGAGGAGCCAAACCCUAUGACGGAGAAAAAGCGGUCCAUCAUGUUGAGCCUGGGGAAAACUACGGAGUGCAAGAAGCCCUCCAUGUAUUCGCGUGGACGACAUUUUAACUUUAAGCUGCGGCAAAGGCCGAAGUGCGUGAAAAAUGCGCCCGUCCCGGUUGAAACGUGA